CAUGGAGCAAGUGGCGUGCGAGGACCUGAAGGCGUUCGAACGGCGUCUGACCGAGAUCAUUGCUUCCGCCCAUCCCGCCGCCCAACGGUGGCGAGUGGUGCUGUUACUGGCCUCCAUUGGUGUGGCCAUGGGGGCCUUUUCUUGGCUAAGUGACCCCCUUACGGCCGAGGUGUCCUUUUGGUCGUCUCUGAUGAUCCACCCGUUCUUCAGCGUGUCGGCCGUGACUAUCCUAGUGCUGUUGCUUUUGGGCAUUCACCGUCGAGUGGUGGCCCCCUCUAUAUUUGUGUCACGUGUGCGCGAGGUACUCUUCGAUUUCGCCAUGGACUGUGACGAAACCGGCAAACUCAUUCUUCGACCUCGACCCGCCACGGCCUGAGACAUGCCCUAUUUUUUUAAAUCUACGUUUGUAUUCAUAUUGGGGUGAGACUAGCUAACCCACCAAUACAAAUUGAUGAGACAGCAGGA